AUGACUCGCGCAACCAGCCGACAUCAAAAGCUGAUCGACAAUGUGGAGACUCUAGUGAACAAAUGGGAAUCAAUUGAGCCUCGGAGAUCCAAUAUUUCGAGAGUAACUCCUCUGGUGACGAAUCUACGCGAAGAAACAGGAAUCCACAUUUUUGGUAGGAAGCCGACAAUACCACUGCCAGACAUAAGCUCAGAAAACUCCCAGCAACAAAUCCAAGUUUUAGAACAUACCCUGCUGAUCGAACGCCAAGUCGAAUAUCGGACGUUCCUCUUUAUUAACAGAACGCUGCUGACGAGAAGAAGUCGCAGAGAGUAA